AUGAGGCUGUUUGACGACUUCUUCCUGCGCGCCAAUGCCGCCCUGCAAGAGCUGCACCUCAACGCCGAGUUCUUCCUCAACGACGUGAGACCCUCGCAUGGUCACAUCACACCUGCUGUGCAUUGUCGUAUAGAUGGGCACGCGAUGUGUGGCGCAGCGGUGGCGGCCGUGGGUGAUAGCAUGGGACGACAACGACCUCUUUUCCCCCAAAUUUCCGAUCCUCUUACACUCCCCCGCCCCCUCGUUCCUCCCUCAUCUUUCUCUCCCAUCUCCCCAUGCUCUCCUGAAUGUGGACAGAUGGGAGGGAGGUGUGUGGCGCAGCGGUGGCGGCCGUGGGUGAUAGCAUGGGAUGACAACGACCUUACCAGCCGCCCCGCCACCACCAACGACCCCACUGAUGCCUCCGACCGCUUCCAGGUGCUCAACCAUGACGCCACAUUCACCUGGUGGGCGGCAGCAGCGCAGCAGCAGUUCAUGAAGUUCAAGGACUCGCCCUAUGCGCUCGUGCUCUAUGAGCCUCAGGACGAGAGGGCGUUCGCCAUGUUCUCCGAUGUCUACCUCUCAGCCAACCUCACCCACACGCCCGGAUUCCGCUUCGCCAGCAACAUUGACCCCAUCAUGUUCCGCCUCUUCACCGCCCCCUCCUCCCACCUUGCCACCCAUUUGCCCUACGCUGAUGAUGUCUCCUCGCCGCCUCCCCCUUUCUCCCGCCCUGCCGUGGCCGUUAUUCCACUGCCUGCCAAUUCCACGAGAUACAAUGUGGCUCAAGAUCCCUCCUCCUCUUCCUCCAACCCUCUUUCCGUUCCCUCCUUUGCCAUCCUAACCAUGCAUUGGCUACCAGACAACCCACUGGACCCGCCCUCUUCCCCGGUCUACACUAUUCAGAUCGCCCCGUCCCUCCCUGCCGCCCACCCACCUGCAACAGUAAUCAGCAGCAACCCAUUGCCGGGCGGGGAACUUUUAUCUGCUUGUGAGGUGGAAAGUGGGAAGGGAGGUAGAUCUGAUGGCAAGGGGAAAGGAGGGACGCAAUUCGGGCAGGUGGAAUUUGAGUUGGAGCAGGUGGGAUCUGAACAGGUGGGAUCUGGGAGGGUGGCAUCUGUAAGUGUAUUAGACCUGCCUCACAGUAUGGCAGUGGGUGUCAGUGAUGGCACGUCUGGGGGAGAAAUGGGAGGAGGGGGAGAAGGAGAUGGGAUGGGAGAGGAAAGGAAGAGGAGGGAGAGGAGGAGGGCGGGUGUGGACGGAGUUGCUCUGGUAGCCAGUGAUGCAUGUGGCGGCCAUAUCCUCCUGUGGUUCGCUUAUGACUCGCUAACGCUCACUCUUUUAUCGAGGAUAGACGUUCCAGAUCGCAUGCCGCAGCAGGCUGGCAGUGGCACGCAGCUCGCCUCAGUCGCGUGGAGCACUGUAGCGCUGGAGAGACCUGCUUUUAACGAGGAUGAGGAGAUGAGCAGUGAACAGGAGCAGCAGCAAGGAAAGAGCGCAAGGCAUGGGGAGGAUGAGGGGAGGAGAGUGGAUGGGUCUAAAGUGGUGCUGGUGGGUGUGGAGGCGUACAUUCCAAGCAAUAAUCACCUUCUUGUUGACUCCAGUGCAGCAAGUGGUGCAGAUGGGCAGAGGGCAGACGAGGAAACAAGCACGCACAGCGAGGGUGGAGGGGAGAAGGGGAGCAGCAAGGGACAAUCAUGUGGGCUCAUGGGUCGCGUGCUCGUCUGCUCUCUGCCUCCCCUCCCUGCUCAUCACGCGUCCGACUCCUCAGCAGAUAAUGAUCACACUGGUGGCAUCGCAUGUGUGUCUGUUGGCCGUCCCUUCUGCAUCUCACAGCUUUCUCCGUCCCCGUCUGUCCCUCUCGCCAUAGCAGCCGUUCACACCACGUCUGGCAGUGCGUCAAGCAGUGGCGACGCCAGUGCUGUCAGCAUGGCAUUGGCUGCUGGAAAGCGGGUAGCAGGAGAGGACGAAGGGGUGGAGGAGGGGGACGCGCGUGUGCUGCUGCUGCACACAGACGCCUUCUGCUGGAACUCCUUUGCCCGCCACGACACGCCCCUCGGCUCCCCUCAGGUGUGUGACCUGCCGCGCACCAUAUUCGGGGCAUCUCAACCAGGCAUUCUUGCCUACACCUACGGCCGCCUCUCCACCCUCCACUCCCGCCUCUCCGCCGCCCACGCCUCCCUCUCUUCCUCCUCCACCUCUUCCCCAUCCACCGCAACCACCAACUCGCCACCAUCCAAUGCCAUGGUGGCAUCGGCGUGUGACAGCUCUCUCCUGCACGGCACAUACGACCAGGGCGUGGGUGCUCCUGCUGCUGCCCUGCUGCUGCUCCCCCGUGCCAGCACCCGCACCCGCCACGUGGGGGAGAGGACGGGAGGGAAGGAGGAGGAGGAGGAGGAGGAGGAGGAGGAGGAGGAGGAGGAGGAGGAGGAGGAGGAGGAGGAGGAGGAGGAGGAGGAGGAGGAGGAGGAGGAGGAGGAGGAGGGGGGGGAGGAGGAGGGCUGGCAGAGGGGGCUCAACAACUGUGGAGACCCGCUGCCUGCCCCGGGGUUGGUGCUGGACGUGUGGGACAUGCCGCCGCUGCUCCACUGA